AUGAGAUCACCUGAAAUCGAGUCUUAUGUUGAUGCGUUUCCUCUUGGCGAAAUUAUGCAGACCUCUGGUAUUGGUGAAGUGGUUAAGAGCAAUAAUUCAAAAUAUAAAAUUAAUGAUUUAUAUUCUGGAUUUACUGGAUGGGAAGAAUACUCGGUGAUCUCAGCCAACGAUGCAAAUCAAAAUGCAGGUUUUAUUGAAAUUUUAAAUUCUAGUAGAGUGUCCGGGUCCCCUCCCAUUAGCUAUUUUCUAGGUGUGUUGGGUAUGCCUGGCAUGACAGCUUAUACUGGAUUAUUUAAAAUCGGCCAACCAAAAAAAGGCGAAACUAUUUUUGUUUCAACAGCAGCAGGCGCGGUAGGCCAAGUUGUUUGUCAAAUCUCCAAAAUUUUGGGUUUACGUGUCAUUGGAUCUGCUGGCGAUGAUAGUAAGAUUGAUUUUCUUUUAAAUGAAUUGAAAAUAGAUGGAGCCUUCAAUUAUAAAAAAUCUGACACCAAAAAGAAAUUGGAAGAAUUAUGUCCAAAUGGAAUAGAUAUUUAUUUUGAUAAUGUUGGAGGAGAGACAUUGGAUAUAACAUUACCCCAAUUAAAUAAAAAUGGAAGGGUAGUGGUUUGUGGAAUGAUGUCACAAUACAAUGUUGAAGAACAAUAUGGUCUUAAAAAUGGUAUUUACAUUCUUACAAAAAGCCUUCUUGUUCAAGGCUUUAUUGUAGUGGAUUAUUAUAAAGAAUUUUAUGCGAACUUCAUAAAAGAUAUGAAUCAAUGGUUGGGAUCUUCCCUAAUAAAGUAUCAAGAGAAUAUUGUUGUAGGGAUCGAAAAUUCGCCUGAUGCUUUUUUGGGAAUGUUGAAUGGUAAAAAUUUUGUUGAUCAUCCUGAUAUGUCAAUUAGAAAAAUGUCAAGGGUAGUGGUUUGUGGAAUGAUGUCACAAUACAAUGUUGAAGAACAAUAUGGUCUUAAAAAUGGUAUUUACAUUCUUACAAAAAGCCUUCUUGUUCAAGGCUUUAUUGUAGUGGAUUAUUAUAAAGAAUUUUAUGCGAACUUCAUAAAAGAUAUGAAUCAAUGGUUGGGAUCUUCCCUAAUAAAGUAUCAAGAGAAUAUUGUUGUAGGGAUCGAAAAUUCGCCUGAUGCUUUUUUGGGAAUGUUGAAUGGUAAAAAUUUUG